GGUGGCUAGAAUGUUAUCUCUGGCUGACCAUCUUGUGGUGUCCUAUGGGAGCACAGAGACAGGGGUGAUAACCUGGGGGCACCUUAAUGAGAAAAACAACACAAGCUAUAAAGUCGGUAAACCUGUGGUUGAUGCUGUACAGAUACGAAUCAUAAACGACAAUGGAGACUCGUGUCUUCCAGGAGAGGUUGGGACGGUUCAAAUUUUAAGUCCUCUGACCUUCCGUGGCUACCUAAACCGUCUGGAGAGCCCCGACCCCCAGACGAUGAAGGUGCUCAGGCCUGACGGCUGGUACAGCACGGAGGACAACGGCUACUUUGGUCAAGAUGGCGACCUCUACAUCCUGGGCAGGAAGAAUGACGUCAUACAAUAUGGCGUCUUCCUACUCUAUCCUGGUUGGCUGGAGGAGAAAAUAGUCGCACAUCCGGAGAUAGCAGAGGCAUGCGUAGUCCCGGUCUCAGAUCCUCUGCUGUUUCACAAUAUCUGCGCAUGCGUGUCACUGACAGAAGGAAGUGAACUCACGGAGGAGGAGAUAAGAACAUACUGUAAAAAUAUUUUCCUGAAAAAUGUCAAUCAAGCGCUGACUCCUGUGCCAGCUUAUUUUCUGAUCUUGCCAGAGGGUAUUCCGCGAAACAGCAACGGCAAACCAAAUGUACAAAAACUGAAGGCGAUGGCUGAGGAAAAAUUUGGCUGCACGGCUAGACACGCAAUGUAACUGAUGCUCAUAUAAUUGUC